CAGAGGGCGCUUGUGCUUUGAACGCUAACCUCUGAAUUGCUUUGAAUUGCUCUUGAAUCGCACAAGGGUUUAUAAGUAAUAGUUUGACAUAAAAUAUAUUGAAGUAUUAGAAUGUAAUUCAGAAUUCAGAGGUGUUUAAUUGUUGCGGUUGUUCCAUCGAAUGCGUUUUAAUAUUAGAAAUAAGUUGGUGAUACGACAUAUAUCUGCACUAUAUAUCGAGUGUUUCAAUUAACUUGGUUCAAUUGAGCUUGGUUAACUGCAUACCGUCUAAUGAGGCUAGUAAGCCUCGAGCGUGUAAUAUAAUUGGAUUUCGUUAAAAUGGCGGUCAAAGAAAGACAAAGCGAGACCUCGUUCGACGAGAUAGAAUGGAAUGUGGAGAACGAGAUCCAACUUUUUUUUGCCAUGAACGGACAUAAGCCAGUCGGUAUCAAUAAAUAUUUCCACAUGGUGUGCAUAUGGGAAAAAUUUCGAACUGCUAUCCAUAAAGAUGUUCCAUUGAAAAUAAUUUGGGAUCAUUUAGAGUCCAUGUAUGACCUAAUGGCUUUAGAUGAUAUGGAAGACUUACCCUUUCCUAGUCAUGAGAUAGACUUUUCCUUACCAGAGACAGAAUUUAUAGGAAAACCUCGCAAGAAGGAAGAUCUGGUAGAGAUAAAACUGAAGGAACAGAGGGAUAAAUACAAAGAGAUUAAAAAAGAAAAGGACAUCAAAGAGAGUUUUAAGAAAGAUAGUUUGUCACGUGAAUUUAAAGGGAUGAAAGAAGUAGACAAGAAAAAAGAAGAGAUGAAGAAGUAUGUGAAGGAGGUAGAUUUGAAAAAAGAUAAGUUUAAGGAUGUAAAAGAGGCAAGAAAAGAACAUAAAUCUUCCAAAGGUCGUUCAAAAGGGAAAGAAGAUUUGGAAGAGAGCGUAUCGAAUGGAAAGAAGGAGCGUAAGGAUUCCGAAACUGGUCGUGAACUUAUGAAAAGGAUACCAAAGAGACCAACCAGACAAAGCGUUGAUAGUUCCUCGAAAGCAUCCUCCAGUCCACGGGAUACUCCUCCACCAAAACGAAGGAGAAUAUAACAGCUAUUGUAAAUAAGAAAGACACUGGUUGCAUUUAUGUUUUACCAAGCUUCAAUGGCAUAAUUUAUCAUAAAAUUAUAUGACAUGUAUUCUUUUGACAAUAUAAAUGUAUAUAUAGAGUAAGAUAAUUUUAUAAAAGGUUUAUACUGUAUACUGUAAAUAUACCAUUGUAUCUUUUUAAAUGUCUUUCCAAACUGUUUAUAUUUGAUAUGUUUGAUAAGAUUUAUAUAAUUUA